AUGCGGCGUCACCUAAACCCCAAGUGUCUGCUCAUAGGGUUGAUCCUCUGGCACAUUUUUAAUCGGAGUCAUGAUUUGGACAGGGAAAAACCACGAUACCUCUGGCAUAACGGGAGUUUGGAGUUUGGCAUUUGCAAAUGGCGUCUGGAUCAACGCCCUCAGAAUGGAACAAGCAUGAAGCAUGCGCAUAUUAUAUAUACCAUCCUUCACUUUCCUUUAUUGAAUGCAUCAUGA